AGGUAUAUGCGAAUUUGCAGCUUAUUAUCUCGUUCCAAAGUUGACACUUUUAAAUGUUUAAAUGUCUGGGCUAUGCGGAUUUUUAUCUAGAUGCUUUAUAAAUAUUGAGUCCUAUUAUAUCUAGAUGCACUGAACUUACCCCUUUUUCAUCGGAAGUGGCACCGAGUGCAUCAUCUUCAUACAACUUCAAAGGAUCAGGGAAGCUCUUGAAAAUGAGUGAAGGAAAAGAAAAAUGUUUCCCGCCUGAAAAAGGAGAAAAACCGACACUUCAAAAUAAUAAUGAUGGUGAUGGCGAAAUCUACAAUGGCAACAAAAACUCUUCAUGUUUAGAAAAAAUGGAUAUCGAUGAUAAGGCUAAUAUUGCUGCUCCCAAGGAGUCGAAUAAAGCCAAGGGGGGCUUUAAUAAGCCAACGGAAAAGAACUCUAAGGAGUCUGGACAAUCAUUGUCGGCUCAAGCUACUGAUGAAAAAACAAACGGUAAUGCUGGCAAAGGCGUAACCGACAGUGCCAUUGAAAAAUCUUCAUCAUCUCUGAAGAAAAUGGAUAUAGAUGAUAAGACUAACAAUGUAAUUUCUCCCGUGAAAAUGCUUAAAGUAGAAAAAAUAAUAAAACAAGAAAACAUUAAGAAAGAACCUAAAGAGUCUGGACAAUCAUCGUCUGCUCAAACUGUUGAUGAAAAAGGGACUAAACGAAGAGAGUCACUUCCGCCCGACUGGAAGAUGGUAUGGCAUGAUAGUGGUGUGCCGAUCUAUUUGCAUAAGCCCACGCGUGUGUGCACUCUUUCCAGACCAUAUUAUCCAGAAGCGACAAAGGGUAUUCCUUUGAGCGCUAUACCUUGUGUGUCUCAAAGACGUGCUUUAGAAUACGGAGAUAAAAAGAUUCAAUGUGGUCGGAUAGUCCGAAACGAGAUGCGUAUUAAAAAAUCCACGGAAACUCAAAAACAUCAGAAUUUGAAACAAUUUCAAAAUCAAAUGGAGGAUAACCUUCCUGUAUCUUCAUGCAGUGCUCAGGUUAAAAUAAAAAAGGAACCAUCUAUUGAAGAAAACGCAAUGGACGUAGUAGAAGGGGGUAAUAAUGAGAAACAGGAUGUAGCUGCUUGCGUAGGUUACGCUGUUAAUAAGGGUUGUAGUGGUUUUUCUAGUAGCAGUGGCAGUAGCCACAUGCCAUCGAUUAAGAAUAACACUGCGCCUGCGUCACAGCAAAGCGAGUCUCCGAACACUAAUAGUGGAAACUCUACACCACCGCAAAGUAAUGAGCGUAAAGGCUCAAAUAAAAUCGCAAUGAAGCCCGUUAAGUACACGCAAUCUAAUCAAACCAGCCGGCCGGUAAGGCCAGAUAUCUAUCCUCGUCGAGAUCCUUAUUUGUCUUCGACAUCCAACAGCUACAAUCCACAGUCACGUCGUCAUGGAUUCCGAGCUAUGCCAACUAACGAGAUGUAGUCUCUAACGAGGCUCGCUACCUCUUCAUGUUUCACGCCUGCGGCACUCUUCGCAAGCAGCCUUCCUUUUUGUAUAAGCAAUGCGCUAAAUCAUUAAAGCUAUCGUGACGAUCGGAAACGAUCAGUAUGGAGUGGGCUACGGCUACAGCAAGCGGGAGUCUAAGUUCAACGCCGUACGUGAUUCUAUGAGAAGGCUUAUACCUGAGAUGCGUUGGUUUUUACUACAGCCAGUAUCAU